UCAAGGUGGUUCUUUCUUCCACCCCAAGAAGUCAAACAAUGCCAAGAUCCAUGUGGGGGAAGCUUCUAUAUGAUUUCUUUUUUUUCAAACCUUUAAUUUGACUAAAGGUUGCUUUGAUCUAGUCCUCCAACCCCAAGCAAACCCCUGGAAUAAAUAGUUGUGGAAAUCUCUCUCUCCCUCAAUCAACCAAAUCAAUUUCAAGUUCAUCAAUACGACCCAACGCCCUUUUUCUGCAGAUGUUGAAUCUUUUCGUUUGUGGCAGUGGCACUUUUCAUCGAGAAGAAGGUGGAGCUGAACCAUGGAGUAAUAGUCCUUGUUCAUCACCGAGAAAACCCAGAAGGAAGAACCAUAACAAGGACAGCAAGAACCCAUAUUCCACUCGUGGGCUGGAUAAGUUUUCUGAACUUCUAGCUGAUCUUGAGGAGAAGAGGAAUAAGAUUUACUCACAAGUGGGCUCCCAAGACAUCUCUCUCGUACGCUUCAUGUACUCCAACUCCAAUGAUUGGGUUCCAAUUGUGGUGAAGUCCAAGAACAACAUGGAAGACAAAACACAGAUCAGGGAUAUUGUCAAAGAUAAGCAUGAUACACCGGCUAAAAGCUCCGUUGAUUCGAAAGAACUGAAGCAGCCAAUAUUGGAAUCAAAUGAAAGGCCUAAGAAGAAGAGGUUCUUUUGGAACUUGAAGUUGGAUAGAUGGAGAAGGCCAUCUUAUUAUCUGCCUGCAAUUGUAAUCUUGAUUUUGUUGUUGUUGGCUGUGUUUGGGCGAUCUUUUGCUAUACUUUGUACCUCUCUUGGGUGGUACCUAGUCCCUGCCUUGAAGAUGAGCCCCAAUACAAAAAGGUCAACAAAAAAGAAAACUUAUGCAAGAGAAUUGAGCGAGAAUAAGAUGGUGGUCAGUGAGAAGACGAAAGAGUAUACGAGAAGCAGUUCCGGGCUUGUGGAAGGCAAAUCACAGCAGCAACACGGCCAUCGGAAAAGCUGGUGAAGAUCAUGAUCGUCUGAUUCUCUCCUUUCUUCGUCUUUUUCUGAGGAAGUUAACAAUCUGUCUGUUGUGUUCAUAGGUGUAAAUUUUUUACUAGUUUUGUAGGUUUUUUUUUUUAUCUUCUUCUUCGCAUGUUGGGUUGGAUUGGAAAUUGAUCAAUCGCUGCUUGACAUGUUCACAAAUGUAUAUUAUCUCGAGUAACGUGUUUAGAGUUAGGCUAUAGAUCAUGAAAGCAAGUCAUGUCAUGUAUAAUCUGUAUGGCACAGUGAGUUUGUCAGAGUCCAAUGAUAAAUGAGCUUUCAUGUGAUCCCAUUGAUACUGUAGAUUGAUUAUCUCUGCAUGCAAUGUGUUUUGAUAAAUUAACAGUCUCGCGAUACAUGAAAUCCUUCUCGUCGAUCUCGAGUGCUUAAAGAGUGGGAAUAACGCUGAAAGAAUAAAGAUUGCGCACAGUUUCAAGGACAAAAGCCGUAAAUCUUGAAACAAAAAGGUUUGCUUGGAGCAUGAGCCGCUGGGUUAAAAGCCAUCAUGCGGUACAAUUAGGUGGGCGUUCGCGACCAGUCAGCUAUUUUAUUUGAAUGAAAAAAAUGUAAACACCUGGGAAAGUCUUUGCACCGUAUGCUGAAUUGUUCAAAUUCCAUUACCUGCCGAUGCCAAAUGGGGUUAGCAUUCUUUCUAAAACGUAGCUACGCAACCUAUCGAAGUCCGCCGUGAAAUUCCAAGAAAUUCUUUGGCGUAACAUUGCAAUUAAAGCCUCAAAAAUUGCUACGCUGCUAACGUGAUAUUCGCAGAGCAUAUACAUAUUCCUGCUUGCAAGGCUAAAGACUCUUUUUCCAACGUUUUCGGAGCUUAGAAGAGGAAUCGCAUGUGAAUUAUUAAAAAUAGUUUAGGAUAGAUAAUUACGAGAAUCUGCAAUGAUAGAAAUGAGGUAAAAGCAUGUCCUGUUCUAAUGCUUUGCCGCGAAAUUUGGGUCAGAUCUUAA